CUUCUGGUAACAAAUUUCGAAUGACCUUGGGUCUUCCAGUUGGUGCAAUCAUGAAUUGUGCCGAUAAUUCUGGAGCAAAAAAUUUGUACAUCAUCUCUGUAAAGGGUAUCCAUGGUCGACUGAAUCGAUUGCCGGCAGCUGGAGUUGGUGACAUGGUUAUGGCCACUGUUAAAAAAGGCAAACCUGAUCUAAGAAAAAAGGAUAACGCCGGUGUUAUCGUAAACCCAAAAGGUGAAAUGAAAGGUUCUGCAAUCACUGGCCCCGUAGGGAAAGAAUGUGCCGAUCUUUGGCCUCGUAUUGCUUCUUCUUCCGGAACUGUG